AUGGAUGAAAAGGAGGUCUCAGAUUCGUUCAUUGUUAUAUCCGAGGAGAAUAGUGAUAGCUUGUAUCCGAUGUUUUUUGGCAUUUCUUGUGCAUUCUUCGCGCUCAGACUCUUGCCAGAGCCUGGUAUAUGUGAUGAUAAAUGGUCUGAAAUAAGAAAUAGGAUACUUCAAGGAAGUGCUCACCUCCUGGGACUUCUUGUAUGGAGAGUUCGGAGAGAAGAAGUCGAGUCCGGGAAGUCCAAGCUUCUCCACAAGCUCAAGAAUGCUGAAAAAGAGAUCGAAGAAUUAAAGAAAAUACGAAGUGAAGAUGCAAAAGCUAAUGAGAAAGUUGUUAGCAUAUUUGCAGCCCACGAACAGACUUGGUUCAAUGAGAGAAAGAAACUUAGACAGCAAAUUGGUUCUCUUGUGAAUGAAUUGAGAGUACUUGAGAUGAAGAUGGAUAAAACUGUUUCUGAAUUAAAUGGAAAAUUGCAAGAGACUGAGAAACAAAUGCUUUUAGACGAUGUAAAAUUGUCGAAAUCCAGAAGAAAGCAACUUGAGCUAGAAACAGAAAGUUGGAAGGCAGUUUCCGAGUCAAGACAUGAGAGAGAUUCCUUAAGAAAUAUGUUGUCUAAACAUGUACAUUCGAAGUCGAAUAUACAAUCAUGUAGCAAAGGGGCACAUUCAAAAGCAACAAGGGUAUUGGACAUUGGAAAACCCCGGUCAGAGAAAGCUGACUUUCUUUCCGAGUACAACCAGCCUAAGUUUAGGAAAGGGGCGGAAGCAUUUACUCCUCUAUUUGACCCACACUCAACUGAUGGAAGUGAGGAAAAGAUGUUCUCAACUAACAUUCAGCACUUGGAAUAUUGGGUCAAAUCCGAGGCUGAAAAAUGCAAGAUUGAAAUUGAGGAGAGACAUCAAGUUGAAAUUGAUGCUUUUGCUGAACAACUGAGACUCAAAGACGAAAAAAUAGAAGCUUUCCGUUGGCGUUUGUUGAGCAUGGAACUGGAAUCAAAGAGGUUUCAGUCGCACGUUGAGGGGCUCGAUCAUGAGCUGGCAAAGAUCAGGCAAGAUAAUCUGAAGUUGGAAGCUCUACUGCUGAACCAAGAAGCAGAACUGCAUACUCUGAGAGAACAGUUGGCAUUGCUGUCAAACCCACCAGAUUUCCAGAAAACUAAGUCUCUACACGAGGUAGCUGUAUCCCGUGAUACUGUUUGGUCGAAAGUCAAAAUUAUGAAAAGAAAACCUGGGAAAAAAGAGCGAGAAACAAAGAUGAAACCUGAGGCAAUUUUGCAAGCUGUGGCAAUUGAAGCGGAUGAUGAAACCAUGGAAAAUAAGCACAUCAAGGAUAUAGUUUUGAAACUUGAAUCUCCACAGAUGGAGAUAAAGGAAGGGGAAGUUGCUGCCUUUUCCGAGGAUAUUGUGAAUGCUGAGACUUCAACUUCAAUAGGCCAGGGUAUAAGUACAAAAAUUAAUCCUACAUGGAAGGUGGAUCUUCACGCGCUUGGAGUCUCAUACAAAAUCAAAAGGCUGAAGCAGCAAUUACUCAUGCUUGAGAGGUUGAUAGGAAAUCAAGGAAGUUGUGAAAAAGGUGAAAGCAACAACAAUGAACAAUUUGGGAUAAAGGGAUUUUAUGCACUUAUGUCAUUCUUGAAUAAACAAGUUGAUCGAUACCAGUCCCUUCAGGGAAAAGCCGACGAUAUUUGCAAACGAAUGCAUGAGAAUGCCCUGGAUUUUGACAGUGGAAGUUCCAAAAUUUCUAGAACGGAGGAGGAAACGAGGAAGCUGGAGCACUUCCUUGAAGAAACCUUUCAACUGCAGCGAUAUAUUGUUGCAACAGGGCAGAAACUAAUGGAAGUCCAAACUAAGAUUGCUUCCAGCUUUAUAGGGGACAUAGAAGAAGUCGAAAAGCCUGUUAGUUUCGACAUGAAGCGAUUCGCUGAAACUGUUAGAACUCUUUUCAGAGAAGUACAGAGAGGGCUUGAAGUCCGGAUAUCUCGACUCAUAGGGGAUCUUGAGGGAACCCUCGCAUGUGAUUGUAUCAUCCAUUUCCAAAAUAGCGCCGUACUGUGA